CCCGAACCGCCGGCGCGCAUGCUCCCAUUUGGGGCCGAAGUCUGGAGAGUUGGUUUGGUGAUUCGCGAUGAAUUCCGCCGCUGUUCACUCUCGACCCGACGACGAUUUAUUUGAUUCGAUCCUGCUGGCUGAUGACGAAUUUCGUGGGAAAGGAUAUCGAGAAGGAUUUAUUGAAGGAGGUCAAUUGGGAGAAACUGAGGGACAGAGAUAUGGGUUAGCAAAUGGUGCGAAAAUUGGAUCUGAGGUUUCCUUUUACAAAGGCUUUGCAAUUACCUGGAAGUAUCUUCUUCAGAAUAACGAAGAUGUUAAAAAGGGUAAAAAGCUGAAAGCCCUAAAUUCAAUACUGGAGAUGGCUCACAGCUUUCCUUAUGAAGAUCCUACCAAUGAAGGGUUGCAAGGUGACUUGGAGAAGAUGAGGGCCAAGUUUAAACAGAUUUGCUCUUUGCUGAAUGUGCAGCCCAAUUUCCACAAGGAGAAAACAGCUGGGAUGUCCUUCUGAAGCAGAGUGAGAUGACUGGUCUUAGAAAUGUUCCUUCUGGAUGAACGUUUGACCAAGGUAGCCAAAAGACUGUGUCUGAGGUUACUUCAGCAUGCAGAUGCAGAGGAUAGAUCUGGAUACAGUCAGAAUGUCUCAGGAGCAGGCAGUGGCUUUGUAACCACAGGUUUGAGAGUAGUGUUCUAAAGAAAGAGAUGAAAUUCAAAUGAUUUCAUUGUUUUAAUAAGAGGAGAGUAAUUUGUUUAAUUUGCCAUUUAUUCUUUAUCGUGAGGCGAGCCAAUUGCUCCUAACCUGUGUUUUAUUUCCUGUCAGAUUCGUGGAAAGAAUUGGAUUAUGAAAUGUACUCCACUCCCAGCUUAUUAAUCAAUUUGAGUUGAUUUUCCUUGGGAAUGCUUGUAUUAAAUUCUGAAUUGUUUCAAAUUUUUACAAGUUGGGAUAGAUCAGUAGAAGUAAUGCAAAGAUGUUAUCACCAUAAUGGUUCUCCUUUAUUCCUGUUUUUCUGAGUUAGGUUAAAAUUGAAGGUCAACAUUUUAAAAUUGAUUAAGAAGAGUUAUGGUGCCUAUCACAACCAGUGCAUCACAAACUACUUUAGCAGUCACAAAAUGCUUUUCUGCAUUACAAUGGUGACCAUUUCAAAAGCAUUCCAGAAAUGCAGACGACGUUAUAAUGACUUGGUUUUUUUCCUCAGUGAUGUUGGUUAAAGUAUAAAUAUUGGCCAGGACACUGGGUCACACCUCUGCUGCUGGAAGCAGUGACCUGGCAUCUGCUACAUCCACCUAAGAACACAGGCUAUUAAUACCUUGUCCAAAAAUGUGACACCCUUGACAAUGCCUCAGACAUUCAUUAUGGCAGUAGGGAGUCUGCUUGGACCAAGUAAUCAUCCUUGAAGUGAAACUUGAACCAAGGUUGGCGCUGCAUAUCACUGUUUUGAGAAGUACUUGGAGUAUCUUGCAAAGCCUAUGCUGGAUAAACAGAUUCACAACUGCUUAAUGAGGAAACCUGUUCAAGUUGUUUAUUGUAGUUCUGAGAUGUAAAAUCUUAGCUGCAAACAAAAUUGAACACAUGUUUUUAAAUUGAUGUAUUGGAUUUAUGGAUUUAAUAAACUAAAAUUAAUAUAAAGACCAAUGCUAUGAUGUU